UGCACGGGCUCGGACGCCGCGCCGGGGGCUCCUCUCGCGGGCGGGGGCUGCGCGACCAUGGCGGACAAGGAGGCCGGCGGCGGCGACCCGGGGUCCCGAGAAACGGCCCCCACGUCUGCAUAUUCCUCUCCGGCCCGGAGCCUGGGGGACACAGGAAUAACACCUCUGUCCCCUUCCCACAUUGUGAACGAUGCUGACCCGAACGUCUCUGAGCAGCAGACGUUUCUCGUGGUGGUGGCCAUUGACUUUGGGACCACGUCCAGCGGCUAUGCCUACAGCUUCACCAAGGAGCCAGAAUGCAUCCACGUGAUGAGGCGAUGGGAGGGAGGCGACCCUGGGGUGUCCAACCAGAAGACUCCGACCACCAUCCUGUUGACUCCAGAGAGGAAGUUCCACAGUUUCGGGUAUGCCGCCAGGGACUUUUACCACGACCUGGAUCCCAACGAGGCCAAGCAGUGGCUGUACCUGGAGAAGUUCAAGAUGAAGCUGCACACGACUGGGGACCUCACCAUGGAUACAGACCUGACAGCAGCAAACGGCAAGAAAGUCAAAGCCCUUGAGAUCUUUGCUUACGCCCUGCAGUACUUUAAGGAACAAGCACUGAAGGAGCUGAGCGACCAGGCGGGUUCGGAGUUCGAGAACUCUGAUGUCAGAUGGGUCAUCACAGUGCCCGCCAUCUGGAAGCAGCCGGCCAAGCAGUUCAUGAGACAAGCUGCCUACCAGGCAGGCCUGGCCUCCCCGGAGAACUCGGAGCAGCUCAUCAUUGCCCUGGAGCCCGAGGCAGCCUCCAUCUACUGCCGGAAGCUGCGGCUGCACCAGAUGACUGAUCUGAGCAGCAAGGCCGCGGUCAACGGGUACAGCUCCAGUGACACAGUAGGAGCUGGGUUUGCACAGGCUAAGGAACACAUACGACGUAAUCGGCAGAGUCGGACUUUUCUGGUGGAGAAUGUCAUAGGAGAAAUCUGGUCCGAGCUGGAGGAAGGUGACAAGUAUGUGGUGGUGGACAGUGGCGGUGGCACCGUAGACCUGACAGUCCAUCAGAUACGGCUACCAGAGGGACAUCUGAAAGAACUGUACAAAGCAACAGGUGGACCCUAUGGAUCUUUAGGAGUAGACUAUGAAUUCGAAAAGCUUCUGUGUAAAAUAUUCGGAGAGGAUUUUAUUGAGCAAUUUAAAAUCAAGCGUCCUGCAGCCUGGGUUGACUUAAUGAUUGCAUUUGAGUCUCGAAAAAGAGCGGCUGCCCCGGACCGAACUAACCCACUGAACAUCACCCUGCCCUUCUCCUUCAUUGACUACUACAAGAAGUUCCGGGGCCACAGCGUGGAGCAUGCCUUGAGGAAGAGCAAUGUGGAUUUUGUCAAGUGGUCCUCACAAGGGAUGCUGAGGAUGAGUCCAGACGCCAUGAAUGCCCUUUUUAAGCCGACUAUCGACAGCAUCAUUGAGCAUCUCCGGGACCUGUUUCAGAAGCCGGAGGUGUCCACGGUCAAGUUCCUCUUCCUGGUGGGUGGCUUCGCCGAGGCGCCCCUCCUGCAGCAGGCGGUGCAGGCUGCCUUCGGCGACAAGUGCCGCGUCAUUAUCCCCCAGGACGUGGGCCUCACCAUCCUCAAGGGCGCCGUCCUCUUCGGGCUGGACCCCGCGGUCAUCAAGGUGCGCCGGUCCCCGCUCACCUACGGGGUGGGCGUGCUGAACCGCUACGUGGAGGGCAAGCACCCGCCCGAGAAGCUGCUGGUGAAGGACGGCACCCGCUGGUGCACCGACGUCUUCGACAAGUUCAUCUCCGCCGACCAGUCCGUGGCCCUGGGCGAGCUGGUGAAGCGCAGCUACACCCCGGCCAAGCCCUCCCAGCUGGUCAUCGUCAUCAACAUCUACAGCUCCGAGCUGGACGACGUGAGCUUCAUCACCGACCCCGGGGUGAAGAAGUGCGGCACGCUGCGCCUGGAUCUCACCGGGGCCAGCAGUGCCAACGUGCCCGCCCGCAGGGAGAUCCAGACCCUCAUGCAGUUUGGGGACACCGAGAUCAAGGCCACGGCCGUUGAUAUAGCCACUUCCAAGAGUGUCAAGGUUGGGAUCGACUUCUUAAAUUACUAACCGACCCUCCCCGCCGCCUGUCCCCGCCGUGGACUCGGCUCACCCGCAUCUGCUGACCUCAACCCUGACUGUUCUUUCCCUGCCCUUGACCCUUGCCAUUACCCAUCUGAAUUCCAGCGGGGAACAGCCAGGGCUAGACAUAAUUAGGGGAUGUUUCUGAGGGCACACUGGAGUCAGAAAAACUGUCGGCAGUGAAGAUGGAGGUUGGGGAAUUGGAAGUUUGAGCAUCCUAGAAGAGCAGCUAGUGUUCACAGGUGAAAGUGGUGGAACGCCCGCCUGACAAGGGAAUCAGUACAUUUCUGCAGCAGUGAUUGGGCUGGGGUUGAAAGAGAUCUCCCUUCCGUAGAACUUAGGAUGCCCUAUCGCAACCUUUCCAGAUUUGAAAUAUGAUCUUUGAGCCAAGAGGAGACUCUUCAUCUCUCGGAGACUUUUCUUUUUACAUAUUUUGGAUGGCAGUCCAUAUAAAAUGCCAUCCAUCUGCAGUUAAUUCCUUUUCAUCAUCAUGUGAUUGGAAGUGGUGACUCAGUGGGAGCUUGGAGGGUUUUUUUAGCUGGUGGGAGAAGCCUGCCUACACUGGGCACAAUUUUAGGUUCUCAUAAUUUAACUUCCAAAUGGGUUCAGUGGAGAAUAACUGCAGCUUCAGCUAAUCCGCUAGGAUUUGUGAGUGGGAGCGCUGACACCUCAGAUUUUCAGCAGGUGAAAAUUUGCUUCGAGGGAAAUGGAUAUCAAGCUACUGACAUACCCCAGGUUAUUUAUAUGCUGGGAAAGAACUCCCCAAAGGCCAAAUCCUGAUUUCUGAAUUCAUAAGUAAUUCAAGUUAACCUUGGUAGGAUUCUGUGUGAGAAAAUGAAGUCGCAGGUUGCCUUGUUCACAUCACCAAGCCUGGGUGUGAACACGGGAACAGGCUUUGGAACAGCCCCUUUCCUCAACUAGCACACGUAUUUUCAACUAAUUCCCUCCUCCCAGCUCGCCUUCAUCUCCCUAAGAGUUUUUGGCCAUUUAAUUCCACAUUUUGGAAAGACUACAUUAGUGAUACACAGGCAGAGAAUCUGUUCUACGAAAUGUUUCGUUAAAAUCUUCCAUUUCUAAACUUGAACUGAAGAUUUUACCUACAGGCAUUCAGAGAUCCGUACUGAAUGAAUGAAGCUGUUUUGUUUUUUUGUUUUUUUUUCCCAAAGCAGAUCUGCGCAUCUCCCAUGCAAGAACCGUGUGGGGGCUUCUUAAAAACAGGUUCUUGGAUCCUCUCCCUUUUAUAAACUUGAGAGGGAAUCCGAAUCUGCAUUGUUUAGUAAAUGCCAGAGGGGACUGUGGCUGAACUGGAAUCUGAAAAUUCCCAACUAGGCUUUUCGAAAGCUGGGGCACAGACUGAAGCCUCUGGUUAGGUUCCUUGAGGGAGAGGAUCUACAAGUGAAGGGCCAGGAGCCCACCCCUUGCCCUCUGGGGAGUGGGGCUGGAGCUCCACCUGGCUUGGGGAGGCAGGGCCUGGGAGGAAAGAGAUUGGAAGAAAGGCAGCCGAAGAAUGGGGCAGAUGAACCAACUGGUGUGUGUGCCUGCUCCCCAUCCUUCCCCACUUGCAAAGCCAGACUUCCACUUUCAGGAGCCAACUGCAGGAAAAGAAUCCAGAACCUGACUCACAGCCCUUCUGAUCUGUUCAAAGCUGUCUUUUCCACCUGCUGGAGUUCAGUCAGUUUUAAAUCACCAAAGGCAUGCAUAAUAAAAGAGGGGAAGAUGGUUGAGCCAUGCAUAAUAAAAGAGGGGAAGAUGGUUGAGCCACUAACUUUGAACGCAAGUCCGGAUUCACAAACCCAUUAUCACAGCCCAUUAUCAUAUGCAGAUUUUAAACAGCAUUUCCAAUUUCAUUUUAAUGCGUCUCCUUUUUCACAUCGCUUGCUGCAGAAUUCCCUACUAGAAUGUGAAACACAAACACAGCAAAGGACUGGAGAAUGCUAGUCACAUCCUUAGGAGCCAGGUUUCGCAUCCAGGCACAAAGGUGUGCGCUCUAGGGUCCUCUUGCUGCCUGCUCUGCUUCAAAAGCUUAAUGUUCUGGGUCAUUCUUUGGUGUUGCCAGCCAUACUCUACAAACAAGACUUUUCAAUUGAGUUAUAAUAUAAUUUUAUGUACAUAUAAUAUUAGAAAAUUGUACAGAAUCUUGAUUUCUACAAUGUGCUUUUCUUGUUAAAAAAGAAAAAAGGGGAAAAUGCUCAUUGAAUUUUGUUGAUGACAUUGCUGCCUUUAAUUUUCCAUGGCUUCAUUUCUUGACCGUGCUUAAUUUGUACUGAUGCUAAGCUAUGGACUGUGUGUGUAGACUCAACAAUAGACAGAGAUGCCUAGGGUCAGAGUCCUCUAAGAAAUAGACCAGAUGGGUCGACAGCUUCAUCAGAGCUUUCUACACAUGCACAUCCUUCCCAAAGGUUCACAGUUUAUAUUUAAAGAAGCAUAAUAAUGUAUUGAUUCUCCUGUCCUGUCUUUGAGAGCUGAACCGUCUGGCUCUGUAAGCCACAUGACUGUGCAGAGAAACCGCCAAAAAAUGUGCCCUGCAGGGUUGUCAACCUCUCCUUUCGGGUCAACGCAAUCACUCCGAGGGCAAACUGGUGAUGUUUUCAGGACACCAGAAUCAAAGGAAGGAAUCGGGUAGUACACAAAUUCAGCCUUCCUACUGGAUUAAGUGUGAGUAAUAGAGUCAAGUCCUUUUUGUAGCUAAUGUAAGGCCUUUCCCGCCUUCUGUUAAGGAUGUCUCCUUGUCCACUAUUUCUCUUCAAGGAAAUGGUUGAAAUUUGCAAUGUUGGCAAAAAGAUAAUGGAGAGGGGGUGAUGAUUUUACUGGAUUUUCUUCUGUCCCCAGAGAUGCAGUCCUAAUAAUCACACUUAGAAUCCUCAAAUCCAUCCCUCCCCUCUCCUCCCCCCACGCCCAGAAAUAUUCUAGAGUAAAAGCACCGGAUAGGUACACUCGGGGCACGUUUUCUAAUCUUAGAAAGUUUCUAAAAGGCCUGUUGUCUUGACCCAUUAUUCAGUUGUCCCUGGCAUAUUAUCUGAGGUUCAGGUUUCUUAGAAGAAGACCUGUCAAAGGAUCUCCUUUGUACACAGCAGGCAUUAAUAAAUGUUGAAUGACAGACAAGUUACAGACAGACAUGAUAGGAAAAAGGAGACAUACAAGUGCUUUUGCAGACGGAUGGCUAAGAUGAGUCCAGAUUACAGAGCCUGCCCUACCCCUAGAAUGUUAUUUAGAUCAAGUUUAGCUUUUAGAGUCCAGGUCUGGUUAAUUGCCAGGGUGGCAAAGAAUCGCAUGCACCAAUAUAAACAGGAGUCAAAAUGCAUUAUUAGUCGAAGAUCGAAUCACACAUGGUAGAGAUGAAAUAGCUGUGAUUAAACUGCAUAUUUAUGCUGGGAAAUGGCUUAAGUGGAUGACUAGUAUAAAGUUGUUGGCCAUAACAUCACAUCUCUCAUCUGCUUGGAAUAUGGAACUGUAUUCUAAAAUAUCAGCCAUUGGGGUCUGUUCACUAAAGGAUAAAUUAAAACACAGAACUUUGCAGCAGUUCACAAUUUGAUUGUAUCUGCAAACUUCUUCACAGAUGUCUAAUAAAGCAAAACUCUGGAUCUCA